GUCACAGCAUGCCGAGUGAUGCACUUUGCCGUCCUUACGCUGCCGCUCUAUGAAGAAGAUAUUAUUUUACAAUUUGUAACCCGUUAGCGCUCAUGGGCUGCUGUGACCUUGAUGACUGAAGCCUUCGGAGAAAUAACACCUAACUUCCUACCAUGGACUUCGUGAGGGCGGACGCCGUAGAGGCGUUCCUUCACAUGAACAUUUACCGGGAGCUGAAGGCAACCGGGACAUGUGGCGCCACGGUGGUUCUGAAGAAGGUUGGCCGAUAUCCAUUUACGCUUGCAAACUGCUACGGGUUCCAAGACGCUUCUCGCGGUCUGGUGCUGGAUCCUCGGAUCUCGCUUAUCGACUUGGGCAGCUGUGCCAAGCUGCUUGCUGCGAUGGCUCUAUUGAAGCUGCUGCAGGAAAACGGACUGACAGUGGCGGCUGACGUCAACUCCCUCCUGCCGUCUGGCAUCGCGGUCGACACCUCCCGCUACGGCAGCGUCACCCUGCAGCACCUGCUCACACACACCUCGGGCCUGCAGCGGGGGCGCAACGCAGCAGCCCCCGCAGCAGCAGCAGCAGCCGGCAGCGGUGGCAGCAGCGGCAGCGGUGCGGGUGACGAGGCGGAGGCCCCUGCAGGGCCCGGCGGGGAGCCCCCGGCCCCCGGCGCACUGCUGCUCAGCCCCCGGGCGGCGGCGGAAGCGGCUGAGGCGGCGGAUCGGACG